AUGGCUACCAACCGUGUGUAUGAUGGGGAGCGUGAGUUCAAGCUGGAAGCCGACCGUGCUAAGGAAGCACAAAGGGCGAGGGCGAAUAAGAUUCGCAAGCGAGCCCCAGAACUUGCGCCCGGUUCUCUUGUCAAGUUCAAGUCUUCUCCGGAUCGUCCGAAGUCGGCGGAUAAAUGGAAGGGUCCUGCCACUGUCCGUUCGCACAAUGACCCUGUUACGUACACUAUCUCGUUCCGGGGCAAGGAGGAAGUUGACUUGGUAUUCACGGGUGACUACGAACAGUGGCUCUUCAUGCGGUCCCCCUUUUCGAAGGCACUGAUCGAAGAGCGCCGAGCGGUCUUGCACCACCUUAGGCACACCGAAAAGGGCCAGGCUUGGAAGGGUCUUGUUAUUUCGGCCUUUGGACUACUGCAGAAGGAAUAUACCCGUAAGGAUAAGCGGGUCAAAUACAACCUGUCUCCUGCAGUGCGCAAAUUCCUUCCGCAGGAGUGGAAGAAGCUCUUUCCAGGCACUUUUCAGUCACGCAUGUCCCUGGUCGGGUCGGCGUUGGCGUUUGCUCAGGUCCCCUCAUUCCGUGCUGAGGAGGUUAAGGAAUGGACGGCUGCAGCAAACAAUAGGGCGCACACACAGGUGUUGGGUGCGGCUUCUGCCGGUCGACCGCUGCAACUUCGACGUGUGAAGAUGUUAUCCGGUUUGCCGAAAGCUUGGACGUUAUCGCCAUCGGGAUAG